AACCUCUUCGGGACGCCACAAUCGCUACCCCGGAAACUUGGCGAUCUUCCGCUCUAUCCUGAUGACAACGGGUUUCACUCCGUAAACGGUCCUUUGGACCUCACCAUCAUAUCUCCCCACACCACUGCCCCGCCAGUGAACAAUGGGAAUCCUGUGGCACUUCACUCUUCAACCAACGAAACCCAGCACUAUGCUCACCAGUAUCCAUACAUCUCUUCUCAUGAUCGUCAACCCUCCAACAGCCUUAUUGCCAGGUCAGUUACUCCCCUCUCAUAUUCCUACCACACACUCUGCUCCCGUAUUGUCCUCACUAAUCACCCGAUAGCGACCCAGUAAUUCGCCCGGAGCGGAGAAGUUACUUUUGUAGCGAGCCUAGUUGCGCUCGGCCGUCUCCAUUCCCCACGCGACAAUCUUUGACCCGCCACCGUGAGGCGAUGCAUCUCAAUAUACGCCUAGACUGUCCGAUUCCUGGAUGCGACAGAGUCGGGGACAACGGGAUCAAGAGAAAGGAUAACCUCCCGGCUCAUGUGUGGAACAAGCAUCGGAUCAGGCUUUCUCGGGAACCCCGCGAGAACUAGGCCGUGGGUAUUGAAGCCAGAGGAUAUGAUUCAGUUCGGAAGCCCGACACUUGACCUGGCUGAUUUUUCCGCGGUUUCUGAUCGGGUUGACGGAUUGGAACGGGAGGUCUUGGGAGGGUCAAUUUGCGGUAGUGAUGGGACGUGAUUUAGGUCUUUUAACGUCUUUGCUGAUUCUUUUACCCUGUUUUACGACUUAUGACCUUUCUUUGGCUGAAUGUUAAUCGUUUACUUACCCAUGUGGACAUAACUGUUCUUGGGAUUGUUUUUGGAAAAAAAGAAAAACGGGAGGAAAAAAAGAAUCGGGUUUGUUCAUUUG